AUGGGCACGAUCGACAAGAAGGCUGACGCGCUCUGCUGGUGCCCGGAGCGCGGCUGCGCGUUCCGGGGCUCCCCGCUGCUGCUGAUCAGCCACUUGGCAAUGGCUCACUUGGCGAUCCAGGGUGUCCCCAUCUUUGCCGUCACGUACGGCGUGCCCUCGACGCUCAUCCUGCCACUCUCCCAGGCGUGGCACGCCGUGGUCGGGAUGGGCAACAGCUGCUUGUUCCUGAUCUCGCUGGCCAAGCGUGUCCACUUCACGGCCGUGUCGCUGAUCUACGUCAGGCCGAACGCGGCGCCGGCGCCGCGGCCGGUGUACCGUUGCACGCUCACGGUGGAGUCACCCGACGACGAGGACACUUAUGUUGAGAUGACUUCCAUGGUGAGCACCAGCGCUCUUCCUGGCGGCCUGCCGGUGCCUGGGGACGGGACGCCGUACCUGAAGCUGACUCCGGACCUGAUUCCGUCUGACGGAACGCUAGAGAUCGGCGUCCUUAUUCAUCAGCUUCAGGCUGCCCCUGCUGCUUGA